UAUUUGAAAACAUUUUACAUUUGUUGGAAGUUUAUCUUGAUUUAAUGUUUUUGUAUUGGAAAACAAAGAAUACUGAGAAAGAUAUUCAUGCUUUGCAACAUUUAAUGACUUUCUGCACUGAUUAAAUACUUUUUAAGACCCGUAGAAAUCCUGUUAAUAAAACAUAACGAUGCUGUUGUAACUUAUUGAUGGAUUCAUUUGCAACACAAUCAUUGCUUCACUCAAAACAUUAGUUACACAUGUUGAUCUAAGAUGUUUUCAUGUGUUGAGAGAGCGUUUCUCCAGCACCACGGCAAUUCAGUUCCCAUUAGCACUCGUGUGUGAUUAAUACCCUCCCAUCCACUUGAUUUAGGAUUCAUCACCGUUUUCUGUCAGAAAUCCUGUGUGGAGAAUGUCAGUCAGUUCCUCCCUUCAGCAGAGAAUCAAGACGCACGGAGCGGAUCCGGAUGACAGCGGGGAUGACUGGGAGAUCGGUGUGGGGAAUCUGAUCAUCGACCUGGACGCGGAUUUGGAGAAGGAUCGACAGAGAUUGGAGAUGAAUCGCGUUUUGAGCGUUAAAAGCGCGGUGGAAGGUCGCGAAGAGCUCGAAUACAAUUGCUCGAGCGCAGGCGCCGCGUUCGACGGCCUGACGCGAGCCUCCGCCGCCAGCGAGCAGCCGUUCCUCUGCAAAGAGCCCAAGAAAUUCAAGCUGAAACGCAGGAAUUCCACCACGGAUACGGAUCGAUUCCCGUCGCUGGAGAUUGUGAGUGGCAUUCCUAAAGUAUGCGUCGGUAAACGGCGCGAGGCUCAAGGACGCGGCGGUGAGAUGAAUUCAGCACCAGCGCCGGUGGACAGCGACGAACCGGCGCCGCUCGUCAGAACCAAAGACGGCAAAAAGGGCAAAACCCAGAGCAAAGGAGUGAAAAGAGAGAAAGACUCGGCUAAGACGCGGAAAGAGAAGCCGAACGAUGAAUUCGGCCCGCUGUCAGAGAACGGAAGCGCCUUGGGAGGAACGGAGAAUCUCAUCGGCAGGGGCGGAAUGGACGCGGCUUUUGUUGACCACACUGACGACACAAGCACUGAGGAGCACAGCCUGAAGACGUUGAGUGUUAAGACGCGGUCGGUUGGAACUAACACACAGGAAGCUGAGAAAGCCCUUGAGUCCAGCUACAUGGAGCCAUGUCAACCAGGAACGAGUGUCAAUCUAGAGGGUAUUGUGUGGCAUGAAACGGAGGAAGGGGUUCUAGUUGUGAAUGUCACUUGGAGGAAAAGGACCUAUGUGGGCACUCUCUUGGACUGUACCAAGCAUGACUGGGCUCCACCACGGUUUUGUGAAUCACCAAUGAGUGAUUCUGAAAUGCCUUAUGCACGUGGACGUGGUAAACGGAUGCGACUGGCCAUACCAGAUCAACCAACUGCAGACCAGAGUCUUUCCAAGAUACGAGGGCUAACUCACAAGAGGCGCGGUGUGGGAAUCGGCAACAAAGGAAGACGAGGGAGUCUGAACCUCAGUGGCUGUAGGACACCUGGAUACUACACUGUGGAGGACAUCAAAUCCAAUUCACUUAUAUGUGGAAAACGAAAAGGCAAAGCCCCAGCCGAUCUAGAUUUGAGCUUGGUCUCUGAGGACAUUAGGAAUGGGAAUGGGAAAAGGAUACGAGCCAAAUCCAGGAGCGCUCCUUCCACACCUCAGGGUAAAUCCGACCCUGUGUUUCUUGAUCAAGUUUGUGCUUCCCCAAUGCUAAUAGACUGUCCGCAUCCGAACUGCAACAAGAAGUACAAACAUAUCAACGGGCUCCGUUACCACCAGUCACACGCUCACCUGAACAGUGACAGUAAGCAAGAACUUGAGGUGGAGAGCGAGGACAGGUUUUCAGAUUUUGAUGAAGCACUCGGCUCGGUACCUUUUGAUUCUUCUGAGAACAUCAUCACCAAGAAGCCCAGAAGCAUGUAUAAACUCAAUGCAGUCGGUUCUCCAAAGAGCAGGAAAGCAUUACUCAACAAUGAUAGCAGUCCCAUAGCCAAUGCAAAACUACGCCCGAAUGUGGCAAAUAAAGAAAGAUCCAUAGAUGAUCUGAGUAACCUCCCACUCAUUUCCAACAUGUCUGUUGUCCUUGAGAACUGCCUCAUGACGGAUCGUAGUACAUCUGUUGAGAUGCCUAAGCUUGAAGCAGAGGGUGCUAUUGAUAAGAGGGACAUAUGUGGCAAAGUUAAGAAAGAAGGGUUCACUGAGAGAUGCUUAGCUAAGUCUCGAACCAACAGACUCAUCAACGCUGCCCCUGCUCCUCCAAAGCUGACCGCUAUUCCACCAGCUGCAUUUUCCACUAAAAUCACAGAAGUUUCUUCUCAUCAGGCCUCUCCAACUGUUGCCCUCACAAAAGCCAAGAACCUCUCACUGAAACCCAUCAAGCCAAAGAUGGACAUUAUUGCACAAGUUAACAUGGCCAACACCACUGCAGUCCUGAGCAAAGACAGUAAGAGAAAGGAAAAGCAUCGAUUAAAGGACAGGAAUUGUAAAGAUCCCCGGAGUCCCAAAAGUGACCCGAUUUACACAAAAGCGGAUGAUACAAAGACUAUUGGAAAAGAUUUUCCUGUGAGCCUUUUAAAAGAGCACUUGAGCAAGCAAGAUGUUGUAAAUGGUCCAAGUGAAACGCAAGAAAGCCGCAUGGCAAGUAUCAGAGCAGAGGCUGACAAGGUGUACACCUUCUCAGACAAUGCACCUAGUCCUUCCAUUGGGAGCUCUGCAAGAAUAGACUGCGUCCCUCUUACAAACGGAGAUGGAGCGAGUACUAAAACAAACAGCCCUGCAUACUCCGACAUAUCCGAUGCAGCUGAGGACGGUGGAUCAAACUCAAGAUCCAGAAGGAACUCGACACAAGAUCCAAACUCAAACAGCAACAUCAAUCAUAAAAUUCCUUCAAUGAGUACCGCUCCCACGGUGACCCCUGGAAAAGAGGUCCAGUCCACAUCUCACGGCCAUGGUUAUGAAUCCCAUUGUAUCCCAGGUUACAUGCAUUCUGGGCAAGCCAGUUCCACUUCGUUCCAUAAGGUGGCCUCGCCCUAUGGUCGGACAAAGGAUGAUUUGAGAGAUUUAAAUGAGGAUAUAAAAAGCUCAGAAUCCUCUAGCCACUCAAGUUCCCAAUCACAGCUUCAGUACGCUGAAACGCACACAGCGCUGGCUCAGUCUUUGUACUAUGGACAGUACAGCCGGGGUGUUUCCAUGGACCAGAAGGUUCUAAUGAUGCCCAGCACCCACAGACCGCUCAGUGAGGCAUGCUGUGAGGAAAUACAGUAUAGCAAGAGUAGAGGUCAAGUUAGACGAGGAUCUGAGCAAAAGGAACGAACAAAGGAUGAGCAAAAACAGUUUAUAAGCUCUCCUCAUUCGAUUCAUAAAGGGGCAAACUCUGUUAAGAUUAACUGUGCAAAACCUGGCUUCAUCUAUGUGGAUUUGGACAAGCAGCUGUCGUUUCAGCAGCAACAGGGGAAAGCGUCCCAUCUCUCCAUGUCAAAAGAACAAGGGGUCCUCAAGGAAACUGAAGACCUCAGUUUGGAGAGUUCAAACUCAAAAUCAAAUGUGGACACAAAUGUAACAUUUCUAAAUGCCUCAGAAUCUCAGUCCUGGAGCAACUCUUAUCAGUCCAAAUAUGUGAAGCAGCAAAAUCAAGAGGUCAACAAGAUCUCUGAGGAAAUGAGUCUGAGUCCAGACAAGGGGAAAGACUGGCACAUGCCUCUAGAGCCCGAGUCCAGGCUUGAGGCCGAACUCCAGAGCGUCAAGUGUGAGAUGGCUGCCGAGGUCAUCGAGGAAAGUACCAGACCGGAGGGUGACGAGAUAGCGGGUGAGAUGUCUGACGACUCGCAGAACACAAGAGGGGCCACGUCAUCACCCCAGCAGUCCUUCAUCCAGUUUCAGCACUCCUACCCCUAUUUACAUCUGUGUGAGACGAGCAGCAAUGCUUACCGAGUGAUGUCUCCAGCUUUGGUGCAUAAUUACCCAGGUUUCCAUUACCCUCUGUAUGGAAAAACGGCAGGGAGAGAGGAUUCAGAGGGGGCUCAAAGCAGCAAACCAGUGACAGAUUCGACAGCAUUAGAGCUUCUGUCGCAUCCUCUCCUGCCAUAUCACGGCAAAUCUCCUGUUCCUGGAGAAAGAGGUUCUCCAGAGCAAGAACGUGAGACUGAACGGGAGAGAGAAUCCAUUCCCUUCAGCCACCUUCAGGCGCAUCAUCUCACUCACCUGGGCAUGAGCUACACGCUGGUGUCCGGCCAAUAUGACCCCUUUCAAGGUUUGAGUUCUGCAGCACUGGUUGCAAACCAGCAAGUGAAGACGACACAGACCUGCUCCAGUGAAAACGACGGGAAGAUGUGAGAUGUUCCCGACUCACGCAAGGAUUCACAGGCAUCAAUUCCAUGGUGUUACUCAUCGCCUCCAUAGGAGGCAGUGACUAAUUUCAUUUCUAAUCAAUGAAUGUACUAAUGGAGGGCUGCAGUGGAAGUAGACAUGGCUACACUGAAAGACAGUUCCUCUGGUCAUUGGAUUUUGCCUGUAAAUGGCUUCAUCUAGCUGUUUGUAUGCACUUAUAUUGUCUUGUAACCAUACUAUUGAAUGUAUUUGCUAUUUCAUCACCUCUGUGUGGUAAAGGACAGUUUGCAAUAGAUUCUAAGUGACUGUAAGGUGGCUCGCUCUGCAUUGACUUAUUAACAUGAAUAUACUGUUAUUAACAGCCAUUAAUCUAUUGUAUCGUAUAAAGUGGAUGUUAAUCGACAGUUCAUCUCAGUGCCAUACAGUAUUAUCGUGAUGUACAUAGUUGUACAUAUUUGAACGAAGCUCAACAGCGACUAUAACUAGCUUAAGUACCUUUGUAUUGAUUCAGUGCAAUGUAUGGUUGUCUACAACACCUCACCUAAACGGCAGACGUACUCCUUUGUUACUUCAAUAGUAAUGC